AUGCCAAAAGCCAUUCUUCUGAAGAAUAAAACUACACCGAAGGAUCCUUAUCUGGAGAACUUCGUAAGUAGUGGCUACUCGACCGAUUUCGUACCACUUUUAGAUCAUAUUCACAUGGAGAAAUCUGAGAUCAUCGCAUUUCUCAAGACUGACUACUUUUUGCAUAAAACUUUGGCGUUUAUUAUUACGUCCCAAAGAGCUGUAGAAAUGCUGAAUGAGUGUAUGCAAAUACUGAGACGUACUGAUCCUGAAAUUACACAAAUCAUCUAUAGUAAACCUGUCUAUACAGUUGGCCCUGCCACCUACAGAAUACUUGCGGAUGCUGGCUUCGUGGAUCUACGAGGCGGAGAUAAGGCAGGAAACGGAUCCAUUCUAGCCCAGAUAAUUUUGAAUGAUGACAUUUACACUGGAAUUGAAGAUUCUGACAAGCAUAUAACGUUUUUCACGGGAGAAACAAGGAGAGACAUAAUUCCCAAAUGUUUACUCUCUAACAACUUUCAACUUUACGAAAAGAUUGUCUACAAGACUCUUCCUAGGGAUGAUAUCGUGACUAGAUUCAAGUCUGCCGUUGACAGCAUCGACCAAUCGCAAAGAAGUUCCAGUUGGGUGGUCUUCUUUUCGCCUCAAGGAACAGAGGACAUUGUAACGUAUCUUCAACACACCAAAGACCAAUUUAAUAUUGCAUCUAUCGGGCCAACCACAGAAAAAUACCUUCUAAGCAAAAACCUGAAACCAAAAGUUGUGGCACCUAAGCCAGAGCCUAUCUCUUUACUAUUGUCUAUACAAAAAGUGCACUAA